UGCUUUUCUGGAAGGGAAGCACUCGAUUCCUACCGAACUUUCCAAAUCCACUCCAUGAUUCAGAGUUACUGCUCCCUCUGGGAUUUUUUUUUUCUUUUGAUAGUGAUAUCAGCCUGCUCUGGGUGAAUUUUUGCUGGUGUGUUUACUGCUCUGCCUUCUUCCUCUCAAGAUUUUUUGCUCUUCGGGGAAAAGGACUUUUGUUUGGAAAAGAAUUUUCAGAAAUGAUUUUGGAUUGUCUAAGUGCUUUAAGGUUCCUGGGGACAUUAGCUUUCAGCCUGGAGUAAGUUUUUUCCUUUGAUCUGGUUGGGAUUAUUUUUUCAGGCUGUGGAAUUUCACUCGUAUUUUACCUGCCUAGUGCUGGGCUCUCUGCAGUUUGGUUGUAGAGUAAAAAGGUGGAAGAAUGAGCUGUACUUGGUUAAGCUGUUGAAAUAUUUUUUUUGUGAGCAGGAUCUAUAAAAACAUAAUUGCAUUUGUUUCACCCCUGUGGAUUCCUGUGGGCCCGACAGCGCAACAGGUUUGCAGAUUUCUUUUAAAAUUUCUCUUUUUCUCUGCCUCAUCAAAAGGCUUUACUUUAACAGUUUCAUGUUUGACUGCUGAUUUAUUUGGCUUUCCAGCAUUUAUUGGAAAUUUUGAGAUUUUUAACUUGACCUCCAAGAACAGUGAAUGUGUCUAGAAAGUAAAUUUUUAUUUAUUUGGGGGUAUAUCUUUUUUAUUUUUAUUUAUAUUUGUGUGAAGCAAAGGUUUGAAUUUUCAAAAGUUUAUAGGACUAACAUAUAUAAAUUAAUGUCAUUCAGGCCCAUUUUUGCUUUUCCUGGGUGUUCUGCUGAGAACCUGUGACUAACCUCCCCAUUCCUCCCUCCCUCCUCCCCAAGGAAUUUGAAAACGUGUUGGGAAUAGCCUUUUGUUUCUCUUAUGAAUUUAGGGAAUUAUAGAUCAUAAGAUCAGCAUUUUAAAAGUUUCCAAAAGUAUCGCAUUACAUGAUAAUGUGCUAGGAGUUUCAGUUGGAAAAUGAAGCUGAGUUCCUUUCCCAAGACAGUGAGAAUAACAGGGACGACAAUGUAGAUUUGAAUUGGAGGAUAAAAUAAAACCAUCCAUUUCAAAUGCAUGUCCAAAUAUCAAAGUUAUGAUGAAUCAGUAUUAUCCUACAAAAUGUGACUCCAUUUAAAAUGACAUUGAAUUAUAAUGACACCUUUUAGCGCAGAACAAAAAUAAAUUAACAAGAUGUCAGAGUUUCCUAAGAAGUAUACAAGUUCAAUGGAACUAGAAAUAUAGAUAUCCUGAAUAUUAUUUAAUAUAGAGAACAUUCUUUUAAGUAUCCAUUGUAGUAUCUUUUGACAUCCCUCAGGUAGGGCUUGAAGAUAUAUUUUGCUGUUCUCCAUUCCAACACCUUACCCUCCUCCUUUUUCCUGAAUUUUUUUGUGGAAACUUUAUGCCUUGGACAGGGUCAUCCCUAAGCUGGAUUCUUUCACUGUCACUUGAUACAUGAGUUUUGGUGCUGAUUUUUGUCUUUCUUGGUUUGUGAAAUUUGGUUGUAGGUGGCUCAGCCCCUUAAUGCACAUGGAAAUCUAAAAACCAAGUACUGUUGAUCUAACAAAAUUCAAAAACAAGCAUUUCUUAGGUCCCUACCAUGUACAAGUUACUGUACUAGGCCUGAGUGAUACAGAGACCCAAAAAACCCCAGUCUCUGCCUUCAAGGUUCUUGUAUUCCACUGGUUUGAAGUUCAGUUGUUAAGUAAAGUUGGAAAAUCCAAAGAGAAGUGCUCUCUUCAUUAGGUAGAAUGAAGAUGGGAGAAAUUGUGACACCUUCAGAAAAAGUGAUUGAUGGCACCCCACUCCUCUGCCUCAUCAGGAAUGCCACCUGUUCUUGGGAAUUUAAAGAAAGGAAGGGCUUGAAGGACUUUGUAUUUUUUGAAAUUGCAGUAUAAACUGUUGUUUCCCCUAUUUGCCUGGAGCCAGGAACCUUCUUUAGAUAUUAGCUGGCAGGAUUGGGAGAUACGUUCCUGAUCAGUAUGUGUGGACAAAGUGUUUUGCUGCAGCUGGUAGCAUGAGUGGUGGCCACCAGCUGCAGCUGGCUGCCCUCUGGCCCUGGCUGCUGAUGGCUACCCUGCAGGCAGGCCUUGGACAUACAGGGCUGGUACUCGCAGCAGCAGUGGAGUCCGAACGAUCUGCAGAACAGAAAGCUGUUAUCAAAGUGAUUCCUUUGAAAAUGGACACCACAGGAAAAUUGAACCUCACAUUGGAAGGAGUGUUUGCUGGUGUUGCUGAGAUUACUCCAGCAGAAGGAAAACUAAUGCAGUCCCAUCCUCUUUACCUAUGCAAUGCCAGUGAUGACGACAACCUGGAACCUGGUUUCAUAAGCAUUGUCAAGCUGGAGAGCCCAAGGAGAGCCCCCCGUCCCUGUCUGUCAUUGGCCAGCAAGGCCCGGAUGGCAGGUGAGAGAGGAGCGAGUGCUGUCCUCUUUGAUAUCACUGAGGAUCGUGCAGCUGCUGAGCAGCUACAGCAGCCCCUGGGACUGAGGUGGCCAGUGGUGUUGAUUUGGGACAAGGAUGCUGAGAAGUUGAUGGAGUUUGUGUACAAGAACCAAAAGGCCCAUGUGCGAAUUGAGCUGAAGGAGCCCCCAGCUUGGCCAGAUUAUGACGUGUGGAUCCUCCUCACUGUGGUGGGCAUCAUCUUUGUGGUCAUCCUUGCUUCUGUGCUACGGAUCCGAUGCCGCCCCCGCCACAGGCCGGAACCCUUGCAACAACGAACAGCUUGGGCCAUCAGCCAGUUGGCCACUCGAAGGUACAGGUCCAACUGCAGACAAGUCCAGUCCCAGUGGUCUGAUUCUGGGAGCAGCUGCAGCUCUACACCCAUCUGUGCAAUCUGCCUAGAAGAGUUUACAGAUGGGCAGGAGCUACGGAUUAUUUCCUGCCGCCAUGAAUUCCACCGUACCUGUGUGGACCCUUGGCUGCAUCAGCACCAGACCUGCCCCCUCUGCAUGUUCAACAUCAUAGAGGGAGAUCCAUUUUCCCAAUCCUCAGGACCCCCACGUCCAUACCAAGAACCUGGCAGAAGACUCCAUCUCAUUCGCCAACAUCCUGGUCAUGCCCACUAUCAUCUCCCUCCAGCAUACUUACAGGGCUCUUCGCAGACUCCAGUAGCCCAACCCCUUCGACCUGGCCCUUUUUUAUCCUCUGUGGAGCAUGGUUCUUGGCAUCAUCGCCCACCCAGAACUUUGCAUCUUGGACAUAGGUGCACUCAGCCUCGCCCAGUGGCUCCUCAGCAUCCCCAUGCUGCUAACUGGAGGCUGGGCCGCCUCAGAGCCUGUUCCAUGCAGCACGCAUCACCUUGCUCAGCCUCUCCACGACGGUCAAGGCCACAUGAUAGCAGUGGAUCAGGGGAGAGCUAUCAUACAGAGAGAAGUGGCUAUCUAGCAGAUGGACCAGCCAGUGACUCCAGCUCUGGGCCCUGCCAUGGUUCUUCCAGUGACUCAGUGGUCAAUUGCACAGACAUUAGCCUUCAGGGAAUCCAUGGCAGCAGCUCUACCUUCCGAAGUUCCCUUAGUGACUUUGACCCUUUGGUAUACUGUAGCCCUGAAGGUGAGACCCGGGAGGAGGUACAGCCCAGUAUGGGUUAUCGUCCCCGCUCUCUGGACUCAGUGGUGCCAAAAGCAGACGUCCAGAUGUCCAGCCAUAUCCACUACCAUAAACACCGGCACCAUCAUUACAAAAAGCGCUUCCAGUGGCAUGGCAGGAAAGCUAGCCCAGAAACUGGACUACCCCAGCUCAGGCUCGCAGCUUCCCGAACAGAACCCCAAUCAGAGCCGCCACCUCUUAUCCAAAAAGCCCCCAAAUGUAUCCCUCCAUCCUUUUCUAGGCAGUUCUCUUAUCCAAGGCCUCGGGUUCUCACAGAGUCACACUGUGGCUCUGAAGAAGACUCUGGUUCCAGUCCUGCUCACCUCUCCAGCCCUUUAGGAUUACAGAGACCUGCUGUCUUGACACGACACCAGCAGAGGAAACGGAGGGGGCUCCCAGAGCCCAUUUCAGCCACCCCACCCCAGGAUGUUCCUGUGAUCCCCAGCUUCCAAGCCCUUCCCCAUCAUGAUUCUAGCUUAACAUACCCCUGGCCUCGAGAAGUCCACCCAUUAAUCCCUGGACCUCUGGACCUGGAUACAAGGCUGCUACCAGACACUACAGAACCCUAUUAUUCAAGCUCACAGCCUGUGUGGCUGUGCCUCACACACUGUCACCCACUGAGUCCUUGUCCACCUGAGGAGAGAGCCGCUGAAUGGAGUCCUGGUGUCCUGGAGGACAGGAAGUGUCCUUACCCACAUUGUCAGGCACGGACAGCCCAGCCUGGUCCAGAGGAGGAGAUUGAAGAGCUGUGUGAACAGGCAGUGUGAGAUGGGACGGGCUCCAGCUCAAGGCCUCCAACAACAAUGUGCCCUGGAUGACUUGGCACCUAGCCCAGCUCAGAAUCCCUGCUUCCCUCCCCCUCUAGAGAAGAAAGGGGCUCAGUGAACACCCUUUCUUUGGCUGUACUCAAAAGUGCCAGUGGAGGGGAAAGGGAUGAUGGUGUUGAGAGUGCUCUCCCAUAUCCCUGGUUUAUGUUUCCUGUCCUUAGCUCUGGAAUGAUGGCUUCUGCAUAUUGGUCCUAGCUGAGAUCUGCAGUGCCUAGCAGGGCUUCCCAGCUGCUGUUUUUAUGAGCCUGGCUGUCUUCCAGAUUAAACCUGAAGACAGCCAUGUUGAGGGGUAACUUCCGGGCUAUUUCUCUAUCCACAGGCCACUAGAGACCAGAUGGUUUCAUUCCCCACAUUCAUUCAGAGCCCUAGAGAACACUAUAUAGUUGUGUGGUUCACUGAGUUACAGCUAAGUCCUGGAAAGGGCCUAACAUAUUUAAAGCUAGGGUAUAACAUGUCUCCUAAAUUACUCAUUGUCCUGAGGGUCCUGAAAAAGUUGCCAAAGCCUAGUUCCCAACCUGGCCUUCAGAAUCUCCCAUUGUUGCAGAAGCAACCAGCACUUCAAUGAUUAUGUGAUCCUGGGCAAGUCACUUAACCACACUGGGCCUGUUCUGCCAUCUGUAAAAUUAGUGGCAGGAAGCGGGAUUUGUGCUCUAUGACCCCUAAGUUUCCUUUCAGUUCUAAAUCCAUGACCGUAUUUCUAAAACAAGUCACAGUAGCUCUCCUCAGAAUUGCUCUGCCCUUCCCCCAUCUGUACAGGUGGCAUAAGGCACUGGUAUAGGGAAAAGAGAGGCCAUUCAUCUGAAUGGACAGUGAGGAAGUAGGUAAGGGAAGGCUUUACCAGGGCAGGAGGAGACUUGAGGCAUUUGGAUCUUAAGACCAAAACUGGAGGGAGUAUAGGAAAGAGGAAGACAGGAUCAUAAGAUCCACGAGGCUCUAAAAUGUGAAUCAUACAGAUACCCUUGUAAUAGGGAAGGUGUGAAAGGGAGAGUGGGGAUGGAACAAAAAGUUAAGGCUAUUGGCUCUUAAUGGGCAGGGGCUAGGGGAUCUGAUUAAGAUGGUGCCCACCCUGGGGCAACUUAAGCCUUACACCACUCCUCGCAACACUACCCCUUUUUGGAAUGGAAAUGUGGGAGAAGCAGAAACUCUCCAUGGAAGCUCCGCGGCUUCUUAAAACUGGUGGGGAGAAGCAGCAUCUCGGAACCCACAUGGCUAUUUAUAUCUGAACCAGACACAGAAAGAUGCUUGAAUCAGGCACUAUGUUGAGAAAUGUAUUUAUUUACUAAUAUAUUUAUCCGCAUAACAGGU